AUGCGGUGCGAACCGUUAUCUCAGGAUGACGAGAGUUUCAAUUCCAUCACCGGCCUUAACGGCAGCGGUAAAUCCAAUAUUCUGGACGCCAUAUGCUUCGUCCUCGGCAUCACCAACAUGUCGACGGUUCGCGCUCAGAACCUACAGGACCUCAUCUACAAGCGCGGCCAGGCCGGUGUUACUAAGGCCAGUGUCACAAUCGUCUUCGACAACCGCGAUAAGAAAAAGUCCCCCAUCGGCUUCGAGGAAUACGCCACUAUCAGUGUCACGAGGCAAAUCGUUCUGGGAGGCACAUCCAAAUACCUCAUCAACGGCCACCGAGCACAGCAGCAAACAGUACAAAACCUGUUCCAGUCAGUGCAGCUAAAUAUCAACAACCCAAAUUUCCUCAUCAUGCAAGGUCGCAUCACCAAGGUGCUCAACAUGAAGCCUGUUGAGAUUUUGGCCAUGAUCGAAGAGGCUGCGGGGACUAGGAUGUUUGAGGACAGGAGGGACAAGGCCAUCAAAACCAUGGCCAAGAAGGAGAUGAAACUCCAGGAGAUCACCGAGCUGGUGGUGGCUUAUGACUACGUCUCCAAUGUUGAGAAGCUCAAGAGGUCUGCUGCCGACUUGGAGGCAAAGGUGGCGCGGCAAAAGGAACUUGACGAGUCUACGGCGCGCUUGAAGAGCGAAAUCCAUCAUCUCGAAGAAGACGUGAAGCGUGUACGCACCCAAAGGGACAAGGAGCUACGAAAGGGUGGAAAGGCCCAGGCUUUGGAGGAGGCAGUCAAGAAGCAUUCCAACGAGCUUGUACGGUUAGCUACCGUCAUGGAGUUGAAGAAGUCUAGUCUUGCCGAAGAGGAGGAGAAGAAGACUGCGGUUGAGAAAACAGUCGCGGAACUGGAAGCCUCCCUGACAGAAAAGGUCACUGCUUUUGAAACGAUCAAGUCCAAGUACGACGCGGCCAAAGAAGACCUAGAGAAACAAACCCAGGAGGCCGAGUCAAAGGAGGAACUCCUCCAGACUCUCCAGACAGGCGUUGCUUCAAAGGAUGGCCAGGAGAACGGCUAUCAGGGCCAACUCCAGGAUGCCAGGAAUCGGGCCACCGCCUCCAUCACGGAACAGGAACAGGCAAAGAUCAAGAUUGCUCAUCUCGAGAAGCGGGUCAAGGAGGAAGAGCCCCGGGCAAAGAAGGCCAAGGAAGCCAACGCCGGUUUGCUCAAGGAGCUCGAAGGUCUCAGAGCUGACGCCCAGAAAUUCGAAAAGGAACUCGGCAAACUAGGCUUCGAGCCGGGCCAAGAGGAGGAGAUGUACAAACAGGAGUCUUCUCUUCAACAAAAGAUUCGGGAACUGCGACACGAGGCAGACGCUUUGCGACGCAAGGUUGCGAACAUUGACUUCACCUACGCAGACCCCGCGCCCGGUUUUGACCGUUCCAAGGUCAAAGGCUUGGUCGCUCAGCUCUUCACACUCGGCAAGGAGCAUACCCACGCCGGAACUGCCCUUGAAAUCUGUGCGGGCGGCCGUCUCUACAACGUUGUCGUCGACACCGAAGUGACGGGCACUCAACUUCUCAAGAAUGGCAAGCUCCGCAAGAGGGUCACCAUCAUCCCGCUCAACAAGAUCGCGGCCUUCAAGGCGUCUGCGCAAUCCAUUGCAACCGCCCAGAAGAUCGCGCCUGGCAAAGUCGACCUUGCCCUAUCGUUGGUUGGUUAUGAUGACGAGGUCUCUGCAGCGAUGGAGUUUGUCUUUGGCAACACUCUAAUCUGUGCCGAUGCAGAGACCGCCAAGAAGGUCACUUUUGAUCCCAGCGUUCGUAUGCGAAGCAUCACACUCGAGGGUGACGCAUAUGAUCCCUCGGGAACCCUGUCGGGUGGCAGCGCACCCAACUCAAGUGGUGUGUUAGUGACUUUGCAGAAAUUAAACCUCCUCACGAGGCAGUUGAACGAAGCCGAGACGACACUCAAGCAACUUCAGCUCACAAUCGCCAAGGAGAAAUCCAAGCUAGAUAAGGCCAAGCAGAUCAAGCAGGCUCUCGAUCUCAAGGCGCACGAGAUUAAACUCGCCGAAGAGCAGAUUGGCGGCAACUCUGCCUCGUCCAUUAUCCAAGAAGUAGCCGUCAUGAAAGAGACCAUUUCCCAAUUGAAGAAUGAUAUUGCAGAGGCCAAGAAACGCCACACGGAAGCCACAGCCGACAAUUCGGGCUCUGUCAAGAUCCUCCAAAAGGAGGUCCAAGUAGCCCAGCUGGACUCAGAGCAGGCCGGCGCGGAUUUGUCAGGCACUCAAGAGCAACUACAAGAAGUUGAGCUCGCCAUCGCUUCCCAGAAGCAGGAAAUUGAGGGACUCGUCAAAGAGCAGGCCAAGGUUCAGGACACACACGACACGGUACAAGCGCAGCUGGAGGAUGAGCGGUCCAAGCUUAACAUCUUUGACGAUGAACUUCGCGCGCUCGAGGAAGCCACGCGAUCCAAGAACAAGAGAAUCACCGAGGACGGCCUCGAACUUCAAAAGCUCGGCCACCAGAUUGACAAGUUCGACAAGGAACAGCAGCACGCUGCUGAAGAAGUCAAGAAGCUCGAGUCCAAACACGACUGGAUUGUCGACGAGCGCGACAAGUUUGGCCGUCAAGGGACCCCUUACGACUUCCACAACCAAAACAUUCGCGAAUGCCGCGCGACGCACCGCAAUUUAACGGAACGUUUCCAAGGCAUGAAGAAGAAGAUCAACCCCAAGGUUAUGAACAUGAUUGACAGCGUGGAAAAGAAGGAGGUCUCGCUCAAGCACAUGAUGAAGACGGUCAUCCGUGAUAAGCGCAAGAUUGAGGAGACCAUUGUUUCCCUCGACGACUACAAGAAGAAGGCGCUCCAGGAGACCUGGGAGAAGGUCAAUGGGGACUUUGGCCAGAUCUUUGCCGAACUGCUUCCCGGAAGCUUCGCGAAGCUUGACCCCCGAAGGCAAGACGAUCAGCGAAGGCUUGGAAGUCAAGGCCAAAGGUCCCUCAUUGCCCUGUCCCUCAUCAUGGCACUCUUACAGUUCAAGCCAGCACCCAUGUACAUUCUGGACGAGGUUGACGCCGCUCUCGAUCUCUCCCACACACAAAACAUUGGCCGUCUCAUCAAGACGCGGUUCAAGGGCUCGCAGUUUAUCGUUGUCAGUUUGAAGGAUGGCAUGUUCCAGAAUGCGAACCGCAUCUUCCGUACAAGAUUCAGCGAGGGCACGAGUAUGGUGCAGGCACUUACGCCCGCAGACCUCAGGUAA